UUACCCUCCAAAUUUCUUUCUCUUUCUUGCCACUUGCCCGCUCAUCUUUCUCAAUCUUUUGCCAAUUUGAAUGUUCCAAGUCCCUUUCCCUUUUUUUUUUCCUCUCUCUCUCUCUCUUUUUUCUCUCUCUCAUUGAUUCCACCGCCGCUCUUCGCCGUCUCGAUCCACCGGUGUGGAAUUUCUUGUUUCCGAUUUGGAUACGGUUAGGUUCUGUUUCCCUGUCCUACGCACAUUCCAGAUUGGCUGGUUUCUCUCGAAUCCCACGAUCUGCAGAUUUCCGAAUUGUACUGAAAUUUGAAUCUGAGACUGAGAAUGCCCUUCCCUUGCUAUUUGUUUAGAAUUUGCUUUUAAUGCGUUGGAUGGAGAAGCUUCGACUUGCUUCAGUCAAAUAGGUAGAGAAGCUCACGGGAAUCACUCGUCCAAGCUCGGGUUGAACAGUUGUUACGAGGGGGCGACUUAUUCGAGAAGGGAUUUCUUUAUAAAAUCAUUUCUUUUCGUAAUGAUUUUUCUGGCAUAAUUGAGGCGCGUGAAAACAAGUAGCUCGGAGAAGUGAUCGCCACCCCAAGAAAGAGCCAGGUCUUCAAAUCUCACCAGCAGCAGAUUGCAUGCUUGCAUUACAUGUUGGAUGAGCUAUGUGAUAUGGUUUAUACCACUUCCUUCAUCAAAUUGAGUUAGGAGAUCUUUUCUUAUCUUAUGUAAAUGUCAUCAUCUCUUCUGUUGAUUCUCCCUCUUUUUUGGUUACGCUCUAGUAUAAAAAUAGAAACAGUACUGAUGGUUCGGUAAAAUGAAUUCAGAAAUCGUAGUUCACACUUAAGUUGAAUUAGGAGUCCUUUAGGCAAGGUUUGGAAACUUGAUAAUAUUUUAGCAGAAGAAAUGUCUAGAGAAACUGAAUCCAGGAGGAGGUCACCUAGUCCCGUUGCCAAAUUGAUGGGUCUGGAUGGGAUGCCAGUGCCGCAUCGGCAGUCAUAUUGUAAACAACAGAAGAAGACAGAAGGGAACUAUUUGCAGAGGACGAUAUCACCUGAAAAAUCUCAAAGGCGUGUUACAUCUGACGAUAAUAAGCUGUAUGCACGAAGUUCAAGGCAUCAGCAAAAAAUUAAGGAUGUGUUUGAGAUACAGGAAACUUCAAUGAAGGGAAGCAGCAGUUUCUCAGUACCGAGAACUGCUAAUCUGAAGCCUGCCCGAGCAGAUAUGGAAUUUAUUCAUAAGAAGUUCAUGGAUGCUAAACGUUUUGCAGCUGAUGAGAAGCUACAGGGUUCCAAGGAAUUUCAUGAUGCAUUUGAAGUGCUGGAUUCAAACAAGAAACUUAUACUGAAAUAUCUCCAGCAGCCAGACUCUCUGUUCAUGAAGCAUCUGCUUGACAUUAAUGAUGUUCUUCCCCACUCUAAUUGUUCUCAUGCGGUAGCUAUGAAAUCAUCAGAUGACGAGAAUGAUGGGUGCUAUAACUAUGGUAGGAAGUCAGUGAGGAGAAAUCCACGAAAGAAGCGCACAAAACCUUGCAAACAUUUUAGUGGUCAUAUGAGCUCCUUUGAUGGUAAUUAUGUUGCCAAAAAUUCUGUGCGGAGUACAAGAAUUAAAUUAGAAGAUGAUGAAAGAUUGGCUGUCUUCCCAAAAAGAAUUGUUGUCUUGAAGCCAAAACUUGGAGAGGCACAGAAUUCUGCCAGCAUUGUUAUAUCGUCCUCACAUGUUUUUCAGUCUGGUUGUAGGAAGCCAUCAGACUCUGAAAGGACAGAGAACAGGGGGGUGGAAACCUUGAGAACUCAUGAUCAUGAUGUAGGGCUAAGUCACGAGGUUAGAUAUUCUAAAGAAAUUUCCAAGAAGAAAACUAGGCAAGUGAGAGAGAAUUUUGAUUCUAGUUCCAUGAGUUCAUCUCUUGGAAUAAUAAGACAGGAUAGGUAUGGAAGUCCUUUCAUUGGGAAUGAUUUAGAUGCUGAAAAAUGCAAUUCCAGUUACAAGUUUGACUUAAAUGGUCAAUGCCGGUCUUCAUCGUUUCGUUAUAAAAAGUCAUCGCUGAGUGCAGAGGCUAAGAAGAGAUUGUCAGAAAGGUGGAAAACGACUUGUGACUACCAUAACAUGGGUACUGUUAGUAGGAGUCGCACACUGGCUGAGAUGCUUGCCAUGCCUGAGAAAGAAACAAUUCCUGCGUAUAUGGAACCAAGGCAUGGUGGAGGAUCCAGUGGUAAACUUUUGAAUGAUCAACGCACUGAACCUUUUGGCAUAAGCAGUAGGGAUGGCUGGAAGGACAUCUGCGUAGAAAAAUUGUAUAGGUCUAGAUCUCUUCCCGCUUCAUCAUCUGCCUUUGAGAUUUUUAAAACAAAUUCUGAUUCUCUGAGCAUGGAUCAACUUGUGAUACCAAAUGAGGCCGUCAAGUGGCAAAGAAAGGAGGCAAUUAGGGAGAGUUCGUGCCAAAGGGAACGUAUAUCCCGCAGAAGCUCCAGAUCUAGGAGAAAGAAAUCUCACAGUUCUACCUGUUCAUUUGGGGAAUGUAAUAGCCCUGUACUGGAGAUUUGCACUAGCCAGAAUCAAGACAGUGAUUGUAAUGACAAUGAUCCAGCCGAAAGAAAUCUUCAGGUUGUUGAAGAAUCAACAUUUCUUCCUGUGAAAGACCCGACUCAAGUUCUUGAAAAUUGGAUGGAUUUGAGAGUGAAAUCGGAUGAAGUGAUUGUUUUGUCUAAUGAUGAACUUCAACCUGAAUUGUCUGUUCAUUCAGUGGUAGAAGAUAAUUCUUGCUUUGGUGACCAAGAUUCUUUUAUAUCUAAGGAAUUGUCGCCUGAGGCUUCUGAGGAUACUUCGUGCCAUCUGAAAUCUAUUCCUGGAUUAGAAUCUCCCGUAAGCUCUAAGGAGGCUGAUCAGCCAAGUCCAGUUUCAGUUCUGGAACCUCCUUUUACGGAUGAUCUACCUCCUGGUUCUGAUUGCUUUGAGAGUCUCAGUGCUGACCUCCAUGGGCUUCGAAUGCAACUCAAGUUACUCAAGUUAGAGACAGAAGCUUUUACUGAAUCUGAAGAAACCCAGCACAUCUCGAGUGACGAAGAUGGAGAGGAAGAAUCCAUUGGGUUUCCAGAGGAGAAAUAUGCAUGUAAAACUGAAGAUAGCUGGGAGCUUUCAUAUCUAGCCGAUGUCUUACAGAACUCAGCUUUCAAAGAUACCAAUCCCGACAUGCUUAUUGCAACGUGGCAUUCUCUUGAAUGCCCCGUAGAUCCUUCUACAUUUGAGGAGCUUGAGAAGAAGUACAUGAAUUGGUCUUCUCAACCAAGGUCAGAAAGAAAGCUACUUUUUGACCGUAUAAAUUUAGGAAUUUUGGAUAUUUACCAAAAAUUCACCGACCCUUAUCCAUGGGUAAGGCCCCCAACAAUUCAAGUCGAGAAUAAUGAAGGGCUCUACAAUACUUUGUGUAAGUUUUUAGCUAAGCAAGAGAAGAAAGUAGAUGAAGACAUUGUAGAGAAAGUGGUGGGAAGGACAACUCAAUGGUUUUUGUUGGGGCAUGAUGUUGAUGUAGUAGGCAAGGAAAUUGAGAGAUUUUUGGUAGACGAACUCAUAGACGAGGUAGUUGACAUGUGUUCAUAGAUCGUGUAGCUUUCAUAUAAUUUCUCUGUUGAAAUAAGAUAUCAAAGCCUUUAAACGGAAUGCAAAUACCCGUUUCAUGAUUAAA